CCCUUCCUUUCCUACUUGGGCCCGGCAGAGUGAGUAUGGCUGCGGGGUCGCGGCUCUGAAAUCCGGCGCCAUCCGCGCCCGGCGCGGGACGGGCAGGCUCGGUGGGGUUUGUCCCGCGCCGCGCGGAGGCUCUGCGGUCCGGGGCGGUGGGAGGACGGCCUGCGGGGUACGGGUGCACCUUAGCUCGGGCUUGGGCUUUCCCACUACCUGCUUAGAGCCUCCCUCCCUGUCGCCUGCGUCUAGAUGGCUCCCGCAAAGAAGGGUGGCGAGAAGAAGAAGGGCCGUUCUGCCAUCAACGAGGUGGUGACCCGAGAAUACACCAUCAACAUUCACAAGCGCAUCCAUGGAGUGGGCUUCAAGAAGCGUGCUCCUCGGGCACUCAAAGAAAUUCGGAAGUUUGCCAUGAAGGAAAUGGGGACACCAGAUGUGCGCAUUGACACCAGGCUCAAUAAAGCCGUCUGGGCCAAGGGAAUAAGGAACGUUCCAUAUCGCAUCCGAGUACGCUUGUCCAGAAAACGUAAUGAGGAUGAGGAUUCCCCAAACAAGCUCUACACGCUGGUAACUUACGUGCCUGUUACCACAUUCAAAAAUCUACAGACGGUCAACGUGGAUGAGAACUAACCUGCUCGUGUCAAAUAAAGUUGCAGAACUGCCUUCAGGGUUUGGUUUUCCUUUCUGUUGUCUGCCUCAUGGGUGGAAUUUUUGGGUCUACAGGGUGUUGGAAAUUAAUCUGAGAAUCUCUGUUCUGGGUACAUGGGAAAUUAGAAAUACGUGAAACAUUCUUUUCACAGAAGUCACUUUAUUAGGAUUGUGGAUUUGGGUUGGUUUUGAAACAGGGUUUCUUGUGGCACUGCUUGUUCUAUAGAAUAGGGUGGCCUUGAACUCAGAAAUCCACCUGCCUUUUCCUCCCUAGUAUUGGCAAUUAAAUGCCCAGCUUGUUUGUAAGCUCUCAUUUUCAGUUCCAGGUUUAUGUGUGAGCCUAAGAUUAGGUAAAGAUUGAGGUUAUAACUUAAACGUACUGAAUUAACUUAUGUUGUGUGGGUCCCAGGAAUUGGACCUGGGACAUCAACUCUGCCUUUCCAGCCAUCUUUGCCAACCAGUAGCUCAUCUCUGGGAUGUGUCUGCCCUCAAAAUGACAUUUUAAAAAAGUCAGUACAAAAGAACGAUUUUUAUUAAAAACCUUGAGGACAAACAUUAAA